AUGUCUACUGCUGUCAAAGAGUUUCUUCUUACUCAUGUUUUUGAGAACAUCUCCACAUUGAAAGAGAACGAACGUUUUUAUAGCCCCGUCGUCGACCAUUUCAAUGUUCCUUGGAGAAUAGGUUGUGUUCGAGCCGGCGGCUUUUUCAGUUUAUAUGUUUUCUGUGAAAAACCAAAAGAUUUUGGAGAGUGGGCGAUAAACACUGUAGUUACUGUUGAACUGAUAUCAGCAACUGGAAGAAGUUUGAAGAAAAUCGCGAGUAAUUGCAAUUAUGAUUCUUCAAGUCAAUUUUCUAAUUGGGGAUUUAACCAAUUCGUGCAGUGGGAGACGAUGGAAAAAGAAUAUGCAAUCAACGAUCGUUUGAUUGUACAGGUACAUGUUGUGAUCGAACAAAUCACUGGGAUAGAGAUCUCGAAGAUUCGACAUUUCGAUGAGACGACGAAGAUUCUUUCUGAUGUAAUUCUGAUUGUCGAAGACGUAAAGUUUUACGUUUUAAAAGCGUUCCUCGCUGCUCAAUCGUCUUACUUCAAGUCUAUGUUUUUUGGAGAAUUCGAAGAAUCAAAGAAAUCAGAAAUAAAAUUAGACGGUGUCAACGCAGAAGACUUCCAAUAUUUUCUGGAACUUCUCUAUUUGGAACCAACUUUGACAAAAUUCCUUAUUGGAAAAUCUAAAGAUUCGUUGAGAAACAAACUAGCAAUCUCAAUGAAGUUUCAGUUGGAGGAUCUCAAGAAGCAUUGCAUUGAGAGCCUCAAAUCUAAAGCUGACAUCCGUGCCGUUUUGGGAGCAUCCGGUAGUGAGCCGGAAUUCGAUUCGUCAAUUACAAACAGUCUUUUCGAAAAAAUGUUUUCAUUGCCAGAAUAG